CUUCAUGGAAAAUGGAUGUUCAGCGAGAUACGAGCCGUCUUUUCAAGACGUUAUCUUCUACAAAACACUGCUUUGGAAGUAUUUAUGGCAAACCGAACUUCGGUUAUGUUUAAUUUCCCUGAUCAAGCAACAGUAAAAAAAGUUGUCUACAGCUUGCCUCGGGUUGGAGUAGGGACCAGCUAUGGUUUGCCACAAGCCAGGAGGAUAUCACUGGCCACUCCUCGGCAGCUUUAUAAAUCUUCCAAUAUGACUCAGCGCUGGCAAAGAAGGGAAAUUUCAAACUUCGAAUAUUUGAUGUUUCUUAAUACUAUAGCAGGACGGACAUAUAAUGAUCUGAAUCAAUAUCCCGUGUUUCCAUGGGUAUUAACAAACUAUGAAUCGGAAGAAUUGGACCUGACUCUACCAGGAAACUUCAGGGAUCUAUCAAAGCCAAUUGGUGCUUUGAACCCAAAGAGAGCUGUGUUUUACGCAGAGCGUUAUGAGACGUGGGAAGAUGAGCAAAGCCCACCCUACCAUUAUAACACACAUUACUCAACAGCAACAUCUACCUUAUCCUGGCUUGUUCGAAUUGAACCUUUCACAACCUUCUUCCUCAACGCAAAUGAUGGGAAAUUUGACCAUCCAGAUAGAACCUUCUCAUCGGUUGCAAGGUCUUGGAGAACUAGUCAGAGAGAUACUUCGGAUGUAAAGGCACUGGAAAGUGAAUUCGUUUCUUGCCAACUUCAUCAGUGGAUUGACCUUAUAUUUGGCUACAAGCAGCGAGGACCGGAAGCAGUCCGUGCUCUGAAUGUUUUUCACUACUUGACCUAUGAAGGCUCUGUGAACCUGGAUAGUAUCACUGACCCUGUGCUCAGGGAGGUAGUACUUAAAGAGAUUCAGUAAUUCAUUCCAUUGCCUCUGCAAAUAAAAGAACCAAAUCCGCCCUCUUCCUUUUCUAUUGAACAGUGUUUCCUUCCACAGAGUCCACUCAUGUUUAAAGAUCAGAUGCAACAGGACGUGAUAAUGGUGCUGAAGUUUCCUUCAAAUUCCCCUGUAACCCAUGUGGCAGCCAACACCCUGCCCCACCUGACCAUCCCUGCAGUGGUGACAGUGACCUGCAGCCGACUGUUCGCAGUGAAUAGAUGGCACAACACAGUAGGCCUCAGAGGAGCUCCAGGAUACUCCUUGGAUCAAGCCCAUCAUCUUCCCAUUGAAAUGGAUCCUUUAAUUGCCAAUAAUUCUGGUGUGAACAAACGGCAGAUCACAGACCUGGUUGACCAGAGUAUACAAAUCAAUGCACAUUGUUUUGUGGUCACAGCAGAUAAUCGCUAUAUUCUUAUCUGUGGAUUCUGGGAUAAGAGCUUCAGAGUUUAUUCCACAGAAACAGGGAAAUUGACUCAGAUUGUAUUUGGCCACUGGGAUGUGGUCACAUGCUUGGCCAGGUCCGAGUCAUACAUAGGUGGGGACUGCUACAUCGUGUCUGGAUCUCGAGAUGCCACCCUGCUUCUCUGGUACUGGAGUGGGCGGCACCAUAUCAUAGGAGACAACCCGAAUAGCAGUGACUAUCCUGCACCAAGAGCUGUCCUCACAGGCCAUGACCACGAAGUUGUCUGUGUUUCUGUCUGUGCAGAACUUGGACUCGUUAUCAGUGGUGCUAAAGAGGGCCCUUGCCUUGUCCACACCAUCACUGGAGAUCUGCUGAGAGCCCUUGAAGGACCAGAAAACUGCUUGUUCCCACGCUUGAUUUCUGUCUCCAGCGAAGGCCAUUGUAUCAUCUACUAUGAACGAGGGCGAUUCAGCAAUUUCAGCAUUAAUGGGAAACUUUUGGCUCAAAUGGAGAUCAAUGAUUCAACACGGGCCAUUCUCCUGAGCAGCGAUGGCCAGAACCUGGUAACCGGAGGGGACAAUGGUGUGGUGGAGGUCUGGCAGGCCUGCGACUUCAAGCAGCUGUACAUUUACCCCGGAUGCGAUGCUGGCAUUAGAGCAAUGGACUUGUCCCAUGACCAGAGGACUCUGAUUACCGGCAUGGCCUCUGGUAGCAUUGUAGCUUUUAAUAUAGAUUUUAAUCGGUGGCAUUAUGAGCAUCAGAACAGAUACUGA